UCAACUUUAAAAGAUAAACCUAGGUUGACAAGGUAGGACCCAUCAAGGCAUCAAUUGUGUAAUACAAUACAAAAGUAAAGUGUAUUACUAUGCUAUUCUUGGUUGAAAAGAAUAUGCAUGGGUAAAUCCACUUGCCUUUUCCGUAAAUCUGUUGUGGUUCUGCUGAGCUUGUAAAUUCUGUAUGGAGGCGAUGAGAUUCUGCAGUAACUGCAUUUGGGUUGCUAUGAACUGUUCCAUUUUCGGAUUUAGUGGUGGAGGUGGUAAUUCAGUACGUCUUUGAUUCAAAAAUAUUCUGUCGUACUCCGGUCCUACCUUCUGGUUUAUUAGAGAGGUGGAGUUUCAGACAAGAAAGGGGAACUUGAUAAAGCUAAUAAAAUAGAUAAGUGGGACAAGCUUUGAACUUAACUAGACUUUAACUUAUUUAUCUAAUGAUGCAUUUGUGGCCAUCACUUCACAAAACAUCACAAUCAUUACAAUGGCUCAAAUCAAACAUUUGUUAACUCAAAAGCAUUACAUUGCACGUCCUCACAAGAACGGUUCUAGUCGAAACAUCCGAUUAAGAUAACCAAUCCUAAGAGCCUGGUCUAGAAGACUGGUGAUGGAACAAAGUGAUCCAUAAAGGAGCUUCUUACAAAGUGGUGAUAUGGCAGGGCAGGAAACAUCAUCCGUAACCUUCCGUGGAUCCUGUCCAGCGAGCUGAGCCUCUAGCUGAGCAACCUGGCAUGAGCAUCCUGUAGCUCUCCAUGGGUCUUUGCUAGCUCUGAGGUGGCGCCGUCGAGGUCGGUGUUGAGGGCAGCAACUACUCGGGUGAGAGUGUUGAUGCGAUCCUCUCUAGCUUCUCCCAAUAAGAUGGCACUGUUUGUAAUUUUUGUUGCCUCAUUGGGACAGCAGCUAGCACUGUUGGUGCAAAAUCCUUGAUUGAGCAACCCAAUAACUACUUGUCACACCAAAAUAAAGUAGAAUGCCAUUGCUGACCAUUGAUUCCAUAGCUAUAUUGAACAAAGCCAGGGCUUUAGAAUUAGUUGGGAUUUCAAGACCUGUCCAUGGCCGAUUAUGGUCAGUUUCUGGAGCCAUAACCAGCAAAUCUGCAGUGCCCAACUCAUAACUUCAACCGCUGUUCAUAUCAUCCUAUCCAAUAAAAACACAAUCCUUAACUUCGGUUGCAUGGUUAUGGUCUUAUCAUUAACGCGUUAUGCAUUCUCUCCUUUUGGCUUGUGCUUUUGGUGAAGAUCCAUUUUUUAUUGUAAAACUGAUGUAUCCCUUUAAACAUAUCACUCUGCUAACUGCUAGUGUUGUUUUUUGGUGUCCAACCAGAUAUUUCAAAUACUGAAGUUAUGGUUUGCUAACCAAAAACUGAUACAUGGGAGUGGGAGAAAAUGCAUUAAAAACAACUGAGCAGUACUAGCUUGUAUGCCACAUUUGGCUUGUGCUUUUGGUGAAGAUCCAUUUUUUAUUGUAAAACUGAUGUAUCCCUUUAAACAUAUGACUCUGCUAACUGCUUAUCAGAUAUUUCAAAUACUGAAGUUAUGGUUUGCUAACCAAAAACUGAUACAUGGCUGAGUUGAAGAGAAAUUCUGUUGUUACUAUUAUAUUGCUCAUUUUUCUUAUGUUUGUCUGCCAAAAAAAUGCAUACCAUUAAUGAGGUAGUAAGAUUUCUAUGCAGCUUACACUUAAUUAGACCCAUAAUCUUUUUAUCAUCAAGACCUGUGCACUUUUGGGUUUCAUUUUUGACUGUUACAACUCUUGGGUCUUCACCAAUGAUCUUUAGUGCCAAAGUUAUGUGCAUCUAUGUUCUCCAAUCUCCAAGAUGCUUGUAGUUUCUCUCUUUCGAUUGUCGCACAAUUACUUCGUUCUUUUGAUGCACCAGUUUAUUGUUGAGAAUGUUGAAAUAAUGCUUUUCGGUCAUAUAUUUAGGUUCAUUGAAUUUGGAAAUGACGGUGGACCUGCAGCGAAGACCUUGAAGCCAAAGUUCAAUUUGUUCGUCAAGCUAGUGUCCAAGAAUACUGGAUUGGGGGUGCCGCAUAUUGAUAUAAAAACUGUCAUUGCAGCUACCAUGUUUCUUAAAGGCUUUGGUGGUCUUCUGUUCAUAGUCAGCAGCUCAUUUGGAGCAUUCCUCCUGCUCAUUUACUUGGCGUUUAUAACCCCUAUUGUGUAUGACUUCUACAACCAUGAAAUGGAGUCAACACUGUUUGUCGAUCUUUUUUUCAAGUUCAUACAGAACUUGGCGUUUAUGGGUGCCCUGCUUUUCUUCCUUGGGAUGAAGAACUCAAUUCCAAAACGUCGCUCCAAGGGAAGGACAACAAAAACCAAGACAAACUGAUGUCAGUGGUUGUAGGAGGGGAAGCAAUUGGGCUCAUUAUGUUUGCAUACUAUACAGGAAUAGAUGUCCCACUUUUGUUCUUGGUGCGCCAAUUGAAUUGUGAAUUGGGACUUACAGAACUUAGCAUGUAGGAUAUUUAAGUUAUCUUGCGCAAUUUUAUUUUCUUAUGUUGCGAUGUGUUCUUAUGUCACAUUUCAUUUUGCUACAAGAACUGCUUUGACAGUAAAAAAAUAUUAAGUCGC